CAGCGUGCGACUAAAAGCUGCAGAGCGACAGAGGAGAUAUUUCACGUAGUUACAUCUGUGGCUGCCAUGCAGGACAACAGGAAUGGGAGAAUGCCGUUCCCACCACCCAUCUGCAGAGACAGGGUCAUCUGGGAAUUCCCAAAGUGCUACAUGCCUGAGACCUCCCUGCAGCUGAAGACAGACUGGGACAUUCAGGUCAAAGCAGCCUGUAAAGACAGAGCCGCAAGGCAUCAGCCGUGGGACCGACAGAAAAUGUCAAAAGUGGUGGUUGUCGGAGACCUUAAUGUGGGGAAGACCUGCCUCAUUAAUAGGUUUUGUAAAGACGUAUUUGAAAGAGACUACAAGGCCACCAUAGGUGUGGACUUUGAGAUCGAGAGGUUUGAGAUAUCUGGAAUACCUUUCUCCCUUCAGAUCUGGGAUACUGCUGGGCAGGAAAAAUUCAAGUGCAUCGCUUCUGCAUACUACAGAGGCACUCAGGUCAUUAUCACCGUCUUUGACAUGGCAGACAUUAAGUCCCUAGAUCAUACACGCCAGUGGUUGGACGAGGCCUUGAGAGAAAAUGAGCCUGACUCCUGUUCCAUCUUCUUGGUUGGCGCUAAGAGUGACCUGCUGCCCUUAGACGAAAGGCAGAGGACAGAAAAAGAUGCCAUCAGGAUAGCAACAGAAAUGCAUGCAGAGUUUUGGGCUGUUUCGGCUAAAACAGGGGAGAAUGUGCAGGGGUUUUUCUUCAGGGUGGCAGCUUUGUCCUUUGAGAAGUGCAUUCUUAAUGACAUGGAGAAUGGGAUGCCUGUUAGCAUCGGACAUGGAAAUAGCAUCAAAUCCGAUGGUGCCAACCUGGAGGAGCGUGCACCCCGAGACACGAAGGGAAGCUGCUGCUGAUGAAAAGAGGAAAGCGUAACCAAACAGAGGCUCUAUUCUGAGCUUAAAGUGACUGACCAUGUUCCACUGGACUGAAAUUUGUCUUAGAACAUGUUCCAUUAGCUCAUCAAAACUGCCAUGUAUUCUGACAGUUGGCCUGAAAACCAGUUGUUAUUA